AAUACCCCUUAAGAGACAGUAUUAGUUAGGUAGGACUUAUAGCUUUGUUUAUUAUUUCACAUUUACGCUUCAAAAUUAAAAGGUUGUAGCCAUCCAAACCUGCAUGGAAAAUGUCUGGGCAUGUGAAUGAAAGUAUGGACAAAGGUUCGAUAAUGGACUCAGAAGACAGAAUAGAGAAGAUGGUUGAUAUCUAUGUGAGUGCUGAGGCUGUAAGAGAUAUGAAACAUAAAAAAGACAAAGAGGACUUUGACAACCAAACACCGAAAACCCAAACACCUCAACACACAGGAAGUGAUCCAGUGAGGAACAGAAGCUCCAGAGCAGCUGCAGUGUGUUUGGUGCUGCUGUGUGUUCUUCUGCUGACUGCUGUCAUAGUGCUGUGUGUCACAUUCACUCAAGAGAGACAACAGUUCAUAUCCAAGAAUGAAAACCUGACCAAUGAGAGAGAACAACUAAUACUCAAGAACACAAAUCUGACCAAUGAGAGAAAACAGCUAAGAAAUCAACUUCAGAUCUGUGGUAAAGUUUCUAUAGUCUAUUUUUUACCACUCACUCAAGAGAGACAACAGCUCAUAUCCAAGAUUGAAAAUCUGACCAAUGAGAGAGAACAACUAAUACUCAAGAACACAAAUCUGACCAAUGAGAGAGAGCAACUAAUACUCAAGAACACAAAUCUGACCAAUGAGAGAAAACAGCUAAGAAAUCAACUUCAGAUCUGUGUUGAAUGGACUUGCUAUCGGUCCAGUUUUUACUACAUGUCCAAAGAGAAUAAGACCUGGACUGAGAGCAGAAGAUACUGUACAGAGAAAGGAGCAGAUCUGAUCAUCAUAAACAACAGAGAGGAAAAAGAUUUUGUUCACAACACGUCUGGUAAUGCUGUAUUUUAUAUUGGUCUGACUGACACUGAUGUGGAGGGCAGUUGGAAAUGGGUUGAUGAAAGCACACUGAACUCCAGCUUCUGGGCGUCAGGAGAGCCAAAUAGAGGACAAGGCAUUGUAGACGAGGACUGUGUUGUGACUGUAGCUGUGCCUAAACUGCCAGAGUGGCCUAAUUUAGAUUUUGUUAAGAAAAUGUUUGGCAGUACUACAGCCUAUAUUGGUCUGACUGACAGUGAUGUGGAGGCCAGAUGGAAAUGGGUUGAUGGCACCAACAUGACCUCUGGGUUAUGGGGGCUUGGAGAGCCAAAUGGAUACAUAACAGAGAACUGUGGUUUACAAAGAUGGGGCAAGCACUGA